AUGACUCGAGCACUCAUCUUCGGGACUGGCGGAGUGGGUUGCGUGUAUGCAUACAUACUCCACAAAGCCGCCGGUGUCACGGUCACCACGGUGUGCCGGACAAAUUACAAUGCUGUCAAGGAGAAUGGGAUCCUCAUCCGAUCGAAGAUCUUUGGCACGCAGCGCUUUCGUCCGAAAGCAGUACAGUCAGUCCACGAGGCGAGGCGACACGGACCUUUCGACUAUGUUGUAGUCUGCAGCAAGGCGUUUCCGGGCACGGCGGAGACGAUCGAGCCUGCUAAUGGCAUAGGAGUGGAGGACGGGUAUGCAGAACUCUAUCCCACCAACACGUUGAUCUCCGGCGUGGUGUACCUUCCAGUGACGCAAUGUGAGCCGGGCGUCGUCGAGCAUGGACCGUUGGAGCGAUUCGAGAUCGGCACGUUUCCGGCCGCUUCAUGUGCAAAGCCUGAGGCGCAGGAGCAAACGCGGAUGUUUUCAGCCAUGUUCUACGCCGGGGGAGCGUCGUGUCCAGUGUUCGACGACGUCCAGCCACGGAAGUGGAUCAAAGUAGCGGUCAAUGCAGCUUGGAAUCCAGUUACAGCGCUCACUCUGUGUGACGAUGCGAACUAUCUCCGCUCGUCGCCGCGUGCGGAGACGCUGAUCCGUAAUAUCAUGCACGAGGUAGGUCUUAUUGCCGCCGCGGCAGGGUAUCCCAACGUGAUUACCGACGAGGUCAUCAACGACGACCUUCAGCGGCCAUUGAGUCGGUUAGAGACCGGUGGGAAGGAGCCAAGCAUGCUGACGGACGUUCGACACGGUCGGGCUAUGGAAGUUGAGGCUAUCUUGGGUAAUGCCUUGCGAAUUGGGGAGGAGCAUGGUGUGAAGACGCCGUGCUUGGAGGUGAUCUAUACGUUAGCGAAGGCGAGGAAUUACGCCCAAGCACCUGAUGAGCAUUGGAAGCCUAUUGCGAGGCAUGACUGAUCGAAAGAAAGCUGUGCCGGGCCGCUUCGGCUUCCUGGAGCCUAUAUGACUUGAGACAACCAAGUCUUACAUCUUUGUACAGCUGGCUCCGCAUACACAUAGACUUAGAACUCCGCAAAGGCACUGAGUGCGAACAACGUGCCAAAGCUGAGCUUGAAGGCGACAUUGUCCUGCACGGCACUUCGCAAAUCAACGCCUUUCACGUAGCCUUGUAGCUGCCGGUACGCUAUUAGGUGAAUGCCGUAGCUCUCUGCUGCUUGCACGCCGACGACAAGUAAGCCAAGGAGCAGCGCCAGAGGUCGUGAGAAGAGCGAUACACCAAGCCCUGCUACCAGACCUACACUACGU